UCACUCAAGUCACUACGGCUCCUCCCCUCUCAAGAUGGCGAUGCGCUCAAUGUGGAAGGCGCGUGGCUGCUGGAGCUGCAUCCGGGCACUUCAUAAAGGACCCGAAGCUGCUCAGACUCCCCAGAAAGAUGCUGUGAAGCGAGUAUUCUCAGGCAUUCAGCCUACAGGAAUCCCCCACCUCGGCAAUUACCUGGGAGCCAUUGAGACCUGGGUGAGGUUGCAGGAAGAGUACAGCUCGGUGCUCUACAGCAUUGUUGACCUACACUCCAUCACCGUCCCCCAGGACCCAGCCGUCCUCCGGCAGAGCAUCUUGGACAUGACCGCUGUUCUUCUUGCCUGUGGCAUAAACCCAGAGAAGAGCAUCCUUUUCCAACAAUCUCAGGUAUCUGAACACACACAAUUAAGUUGGAUCCUUACCUGCAUGGUCAGAUUACCCCGGUUACAGCAUUUACACCAGUGGAAGGCGAAGGUUGCCACACAGAAGCAUGGUGGGACCGUAGGCCUGCUCACAUACCCAGUGCUCCAGGCUGCUGACAUCCUGUUGUACAAGUCCACACACGUUCCUGUCGGGGAGGAUCAAGUCCAGCACAUGGAGCUUGUGCAGGGUCUAGCACGAGAGUUUAACAAGAAGUAUGGCGAGUUCUUCCCGGUGCCCAGGUCCAUUCUGACAUCCAUGAAGAAGGUAAAAUCCCUCCGUGAUCCUUCUGUCAAAAUGUCCAAAUCAGACCCUGAUAAACUGGCCACGGUCAGGAUAACAGACAGCCCCGAGGAGAUCGUGCAGAAAUUCCGCAAGGCUAUGACAGACUUCACGUCGGAGGUGACCUACGAGCCAACCCGCCGAGCCGGGGUCUCCAACCUGGUGGCCAUUCACGCAGCGGUGGCCGGCCUCCCCAUAGAGGAAGCGGUCCAGCAGGGUGCAGGCCUGGACACGGCUCGCUACAAGCUGCUGGUGGCCGACGCCGUGAUUCAGCGGUUUGCUCCCAUCAAGAGGGAGAUUGAGAAACUGAAGACGGACCAGGGCCACUUAGAGAAGGUUUUACAGAUGGGGUCCGUCAAAGCCAAAGAACUAGCCCACCCCGUGUGCCAGGAGGUGAAGAAAUUGGUGGGGUUUCUAUAGGAAGCUUCCCCGCAUGGCAGAAAGGCUGUUAUGUCUUGCGGCCUGUGCACUCCUAAUUAAUAAAGGCAGCUUUCCUCCCAAAUGAAAAAUGAUGGCUUGGAGACAUUUAGUUCUGGUACACAGGACUAUUGGCUUCAUAUGAUCAAUAAGAAUUUGUAACUUUCCAAUAGAGCAGCGUUCUAAAUCCCAUCAGCAAAUGCUGUGGCCAAGAAAGAAAGAAAGAAGGCCUGACUCUGAAUCCUGAAUUAUUUGAGGCACACACCUUACCCUGAAUUUAGGUACACGAAUGUGAUUGAGGUGUAAUUUGGCAAAUAAGGAUAUCAUUUGUCUCUCUCUCUGGAGUACCUACUAUUAGGGGUGCUCACUUUAUGUGUCCCAGCCCUUUCAAACGUUUUCGUUUCGUUUUGUUUUGAAGUAAUCUCUACACCCAACGUGGGGCUCAAACUCACCACCUGGAGAUCAAGAAUCUCACGCUCCACUGACUGAGCCAGCCAGGUGCCCCUCUUAGUAGUACUUAGAUUCUUAGACUUAUAAUCCUCAGGAUGUCGUUUGGACACAUUUGUGUUGAGACUUUAUAAAAAUAAAUUGAUUAUUAUAGUUCAUUUGUCACUGAGAUAGUACCUGUCUAAAUGUAUUUCAGUUGCUUAACUUGUCCCUGAUGAAACCACACUGACUGUCCCAGUAAGUAUAGUUUUGUUUUGUUUAAUUCAGAAAUACAUGAUAUUAUCUUCUUUUUUUUUUUAAG